AUGCCUGUUAGUUUGGAAUUAAUUUGACGUUCGUUUGGACGUUACUAUGGCAACCUGGAAAAGAAAGUGCAAGCAAAACAAAACAUCCAACCGAUCUCUGAACCGAUUGGCGCUUCCUUUUCAAUAUGUUCCUGUGCAUGUUUCGUAGUUUUUUUUACCAGCCUUCCCACAUAAAACCGCUCCAGAUAAAAUGAGUCUCAUUUGCCCAUGAAAGAGUCGAGCGACGGCAGGGAAUGUGCAGCGCCGGCGUCAACCAUCCCGCCGCCUCCCCCGACGCCAACCGGCGCCGCCCGCGACGGCUUUCCCGCGGCGUCACGACGCUCAUGUACGCCGCACAGCAAGGGGACGUCGAACGUGUGCGGAGGCUUGUUACUACACAGCCUCAUAUUCUUCUCGACCAAGACCGUACCGGUAAAACUGCGCUGCACUACUGCUGUACAAGUGAUAGCGUCUGCGCAGCUCAAGCUGCUGACAUCAUAGCGAUGGCAGCACCGGAUUUGGUGGAGACGCGUGACGAGGACGGAUUUACGCCGCUCCAUCUAGCAGUGAUCGCUGGAAACACCCAGCUAGUCACUUUUCUAUUAGCUAAUGGAGCUGACGUUAGAGCUGUGGAUAACGAGAAGCAUACGGUGGUUCAUUGGGCGACAGUUUGUGGGGAGACUACAGCCUUAAGGGCUGUCCUAGCGGCAGGUGCUCCAGUAUCAACUCCAGACGUACACGGGGGAUACCCUCUACAUUAUGCAGCUCAAAUGUGUGGAGGAGAUAAAGAUCAAGAGCUGGGUGUUCAAGUCCUGCAUACUCUUUUAGGGCAUAAAGAUAUCGACGUUUCAGUUGAAGAUGGUGACAAAAGACAACCUCUGUUGUGGGCAGCCAGUGCCGGAUCGACUAAAGCUAUUUUGGCCUUGAGUAGAGCAGGUGCUCAAAUAGAAUCUGCUGAUAGAGACGGACUCACUGCCCUACACUGCGCAGCAUCCAGGGGACACACUGAUUGUAUCGACACUCUUUUAACCUUAUGUGGUGCUUCCCCUGACGUAAUUGACAGUAAUGGCUGCACAGCACUACAUUACGCAGUUACAUUAGGCCAUGCAGAUGCAACAGCUCUUUUACUUGCUCAUGGCGCUGAUCCCAACAGGCAGGAUAGGAAAGGUCGAAGUCCUGCGCAUUGCGGCUGCGCAAAAGGGCAGUUCGAAACUGUAAAACUUAUUGGGGCUCGUGGUGCAAACUUAUGGCUCAGAAAUGCACGUGGCGAUAUACCUUUACAUGAAGCUGCUGCUUCUGGUAGACGGGAGUUGGUUAUGUGGUUACUGGGUAUGAGACCCAGCCAAGUUAAUGGAAGAAACAAUGAUGGAAGAACGCCUCUUCAUAUGGCUGCUUUAAACGAUAACGUUGAUAUGUGCAAGAUCCUUCUGGAUUCUGGUGCUUUGAUUAACCCUGUCCUCAGAACAUCAAAGAACAUUUUUAUGACUCCAUUGGACUGCGCUCUUCAACGAGGAUUUCGUUCAACCGCCAAGUACCUUCAACUCCACGGAGGUGUACCUGCGAGUCGUGUGAGCACUCAAAAUGAAACCCAAGUUAGCAGUUCGGUCAAUCUCCAAAUUCGGGACGAUGUGACAUUUUGGGGCGAUACCAGUUCAAACAGCGAAGAUGACAAAAAGGACAGUAAAACAAGUGCUCGAAAAAUACACAGAAAGAAGUCCAGUUACAGAAGUAGAAAGAAAACGGAACUUAUUUCAGGUAGCGAUAGUGACCUACCUAAAAAAAGAGCUGAAAGAAAAGAUAGCUUCAAAGCAAACGGGUUUAAAAGAAGCACGAAAGUUGCAGCUACCAACACCUCUGCUAGCGCCAUACCAAAGGAAUCGCCAAGGAAAUCAAGCUCAAGUAGAAUAGAUUACAGUAACGAGAUCAUAAUUAAUGGAAAAACUGAAAUUAAUAUACAUCAUAAAAAAGAGAUUACGGUAGAGACGGAUAGUGAUCAGCUAUCUCCCAGAAAAGUUCAAAUUCAAGAAAACAUAUCUUUCCCAAGCAACGAAAAACAAGCUAGUGAUAAGGAAAGGAGACCUAGAAGUGCAAAAUUUAGUAAACUGUCCAGAGAGAAAUCAGCUACAGAAAGUGCAAAUGCGUUGGAUACAAAAGAUACUAAACAAAUAAUUAUUGACUCACCAGAAUUAACGAAAUCAGGAUCUGUAUUGGGGCAAAGUACUGGUACAUCAGAUGAUACGAUGGAUACUGUUAUAGAUACAUAUAAAUUAAAAGCAGAAGUUAGAGAAACAACUCGUGAACGCAUGUUGGAGUUACCUGAGAUAUCAAAUACCAGUGAGGAAAUUGAAGAACCGCACGAAUUGGUUGUCGAGGCAAGUGUCCAUCCCAUGCCAAAAGAUUAUGAAGAUGAAGCUAAAGUUGAGCAAGUGGUGACAAGUAAAGAAACUGAAAAAAGCACAAGUGAAUAUAUUAAAGAUACAUCUGAAGAAAAAGAUAGAGAUACUACAAAAGCAGAAAAAACAGUACAGCCAGAAGAAACGGUUAAAAGAAAAGUUAUUGAAAUUGUUGAUAAAGAAAUGAAUGAACUUAGUGAAAAAAUGUCACCUAAAGAAGAAGUUUCUAUGUUAUCUGAGCAGAAACUUGAAGAAAAAAAAGAAAAUUUAGAUAAUCUGACUCAAGGAAGCAAAGAUAAGACGUUGGUUACUGAAUUAGAAACAUCAAAACUUAUAGAGGCAAGUGCUGAACAGAUAAAUGAAAUAGCUCAAACAAUAUUGACAACAGGAGAUAAAAAAGACGUAGAUGAAGAUAUAGAAACGACAGUUAUGGAAGAAAAAAACAAGAUAAAUGAAGAAUUGAAACAGCAGCAUAAAACAAAAUUAAAUCAAAGAACGAAAUUAAAAAGACAGCCUACAAGUGCUGAAGAGUUUAACGAAUCAUUAGAUGAAGAAGUUACUGUAAAAGAUAAGAAAACGCCGGUAAGCAAAGUAGAACGUAAACUUAGAGACAAGAAGAAAAUCUUAAAAGAAGAUGAAAAUACUCAAACAGCAAUACCGAAACCGGAAGCAAAACAGAAAAAAACAAAAAGUUUUAAGAAAAUUCGUGAAGAUGUUAAAAUUUCUGAAAUGAAAACUAAACGCGCUGAUGAAGAAUAUUAUUCUAGUUCCUCCGAAUUCCCCAGUGACUCUUUGGAACAGCCAAACAAAACGCACAAAAGUUUUAAGGUUCUGUCCGACAAGGAAGCUCGAGAACUUGAAAAACAAGCCAAAUUGAAAUCUAGAAAAGGCCAAGAGGAGAACAAACCUAGGUCUAAAUCUGAAGAAACCAAAUCGAAAAAACAACUUAGAGAAGAGAGAAGGGUUAAGAUAAGCAAAAUUCCUACGCCCACAUUCCAAAUGCCUCUUUCAAAAAGUGAAAGACAUUUGGAUAGGUUGGGCGAUGACAGAAGGAUACAAUCCAGUAUGGAUACUAAGGUACCAUCGUUACCUAAUAUUCAUGAUAGUUGUAGAGAACGAUUUCUGCGAGAGCCUUUCAGACCUGACUCCAAUUUGUCAGCUCCCAUUCUCCCAUCGGUUUACAGCGAUAAUGAGAGAGACAGCAUGUCAGAUUUAGAAGAAGACCCUCGAUCAAGUCCUACAAAGAGGAAAAAAGUGAAAAAACGGCCUAGACCGCGACGCAGAGAGUCCAAAAGCGCAGGAAGCGACUACGAGAGCAGCAAUUUGAUAGAUUCCGGAUUUGAACCGAGUCCUCGAAGUAGCAGAAUUCCGAAAUGGAGGAAUAUGUCGAAUAGAGGUGUGAACAUGACCUCAGUGACGAGAAGCAUACAAAACAAUAUCAGAAGGUACCACUUGGAGCGCAAGAUCUUCCAACAUCUACUAGAACUGAAACGAAGUCAAAUAAGAGCCGGUCAGCACAACGAAACUAUGUUGGUUAAAAGGGCGAUCGACCAAUACAAUCAGUCUUGUAGCUCUACAGUUGGUGCGGGUCGUUAUAUUCCUGACGAUUUCACUUUUAAGAGUUUCGAGAAAUUUCUUUAUGAAUCGUUGCGCAAGCUUCAAAAAAUCGAUGUGGAGUACUUGAAAGGACUGCCUACGUCAUCUGAGCACGUUAAUCCUCUUCUGUGUACUCAGAGUACUCACAGGUGCAUGCAUGCUACGCAUGCUUAUACUGGAAUACCUUGUGCUGCAUAUUUGCCAAAAAUAGAUCAUCAUAAUAUUCCAAAAAUAGGUUUCGGAAAUUCUACAGUUUGUAGACCCGGUGGAGUUCUACCCAGCAUCAACAAGAAGAAGACCGUGACAUUGGAGCUAAGCCACGGAGCUGACAAGCAAGUCAUUUCACUGCCAACUGAUAAACUAGACCAAAACAAACGAUACUACGUUACUUUUACUGUCAAAGGACAGGACAAAGGGUCUAGUGAUGAUACUGCCAAUGGAAAUGGACAUAUACACUCAAAAAGCGUUUGAAAAAUGCAAUUAGAUAUAUUAACGUUUUUUUUUAAAGAAUUAUUAGUGUUCAAAUGCGAUUUUUGAUAUUAGAUAUAACAAAAUACAUACCCAUCGGUGCGUUAUCUGGCAGAUAUAAUUUUAGUGGUAAUAUUUUUUUAUACAGUACAUAUUAUUUUUUUUUACCUUUUGUCACUCUACCUGUAAUUUCAUACAAUUUGCUAUUUCUCAUAAAAAAAAAUGGCUGAGCAUGAUAUAGGAUACAAGAUUUUUUUUGAAAUUUGCAGCCUGAAAUAUGUACUGAUAGACUAUUUGAAGUAGGAUAUAGAUAUGCAACCAGUAAAAUACCCUGUUUUAAUCCAUUUUUAUCUUCUGAAGAUUCCUGAUGUGUAAUCUUUAAGUGUGGUUUUGAUGAAUACAAUUUAAAAAAUUAUUUGUAAAAAAAUAUAGGGUCCAAUCCAGUGUGCAUAUCAUAUAAAAAUUAAACGUCAUCAAAAGAAUUGACUAUCAUAUCCAUAUACAUUGAGAAUGUCAGAUACUUACGUAAUAUAAAAAAACAGGAUACUUUGUUAUAAAUACGUCUACUACCUUUUAUGUGUUAUGUUUUUAGG